AUGAUAGAGCUUAAUCCUCGUGUGGAUCUAGGGGACGUCGGAUACAUAACCCGCGGCACCUUCCGACUGCUCUUCAACAUCCAUCGGGAUGCAGGUGAUGAGCGGCAAAUACACGGCGUCCCUCCGGCCUUCGUCAAGCUCGAGCUGCACGAGACUGGUAUCGAUCGCCAAAGAGAAUGGUUGCGCGAACCGGCGUACUUGAACACCCACCGUGGUAUCUCCACUGGUUUCGAAACGAGCGUAUCGGCGCCCGGCGUCGGCGGAGGCUCGCUGGCCUACGACUACGUGCACAAGCAAGGGGCUACUCUCGCCUACCAUGAUCUUCACGAGCUCAGAGUCGCGGACAAUACAGCUCACUACGAGCGGUACUUUCGAGAUCACUAUCGAUCAUGGCUCGAAUUCCUUCGACAACAUCAUUACGAUCGGGAUAUACGUUUAGAAGAUCUCAUCCUGGUCACUGGAUGCGAACGUACACGCGCAUGGGCAACAGCAUGGAGCAAGACCACCUCCCAAACCGCCCGUGCGAGCCUCAAAGUCGAACCGAUUGCAGUGCCAGGACUCUCCGUCACGUUGACCGGCUCGGUGCAGUGGCAUGAGGUGGUAGAUGUCAUCUCAAAGUCUGGUCCUCCGCCGGAAGAGCUACAAUGUUCUCGGACAAUAUCGGAACCCACACCCAAGCCCGACGACUUCAAGUUAUUCAGAUUUCUUGCGGCAACCCUGGCCAUUCUAUUCUCUUACCUCGGCUUACCGGUGCUGUCAUCUUGCCUCGGCCUUACUUCCAUUCUCGGCUCUGCGAAUGGCUUCGCUCACACUAUCGGUCCUGCUCAUUCUCCCGGAAUCGAGGCCAAUUCUAGCGACACCCACGUCCCCAACUCCGCCGUCGCCAUCACUAAUGGCCCCACGACGCCAUCCCUUCCAUCCCAGAACAUCUUCGCCAAUCAGUGCAUAUUCGUCCGAGGCCUUCGUGGACGCCUUGCCGUCAGUCGUAGGUUAAAAUUGAAGGCGGCGGCAGGACCACACGUUCUACCCUCACCCGAUCGGGAUGAUGAAGAUGGGCCAGCAGUCCGAACGGAUACUGGCACGAGUGAUGGGUCCGAGUCAUCUGACGGCUUGGAUGAACUUUUGGACGUACCGGCUCGUCCAACGAGCGAGGACACAAGCCUCUUGGCGUACGCGCUGAAGAUCAUCGUCGAACAUUACGACCCGGAUGACCCUGACGAACUGCUACUCAUGCAUGACGACGAGCUCAAGCCACUCCUUCCCAAUUCGAAAGAGCAUCCUGCGUGGGAGAAUGCGACUGACAUCCGUCUGUAUUUGAAAGCUCGCCUUCAACCAUCGCCACCUCCAGCCUCACCACAUGAAACUGCAUCUAGCUCGCUCUCACAAAUCGCGACAGUCACAGGAUCCGAGCUGCAAUGGCUUCGUUCUACUCUACAGAGUCUGAAACUCUCCACAACAUUCUUCAUCGUCACGCAAUACAGCAAAGAAGACAUGCCUUACGAUUGGCUCAUGUUCUGGCUUGCUCGCCACCCCGAAUGGCAGCGCUCGCGCCAGUUCGAGAACCCGGCAGAUACCACUCACACCAUCUUCUACCGCGGGCACUGGCUGUACGUCAGUCACGAACGGAAGUCUAACGGCUAUGAGCUGCUUUCCAUCUCCGUCGUCGCGAAGGACGACAGCCUGCUCAAGCAGUUCGUGCUCCAAGCGAAACGCGAAUACGAGGACGAGGCGGGCAACAGGAUUCAAAUCUACUUUGCUGAUACGUAUGGUUCGUGGCGUUGGGCGGAUAACGAGCGUAAGCGGCCUAUGUCAAGCAUCGUGCUCAAUGCCGGCGUCAAGGAAAUGCUUCUUGCCGACACGAAGGACUUCCUGCGCUCUGAGAAGUGGUAUGCUGAUCGUGGACUCCCCUUCAAGAGAGGUUACCUCCUCUAUGGUGUAUCGGGUUCGGGCAAGUCGUCGCUCAUCCACGCCAUUGCCGGCGAACUCGGUUUGGACAUAUACGUCGUCUCAAUCAAUUCACCAUGGAUCAACGAAGGCAUCUUAGCAACGCUCAUGGGUCGUGUGCCCUCGCGUUGUAUAGUCCUAUUCGAGGAUUUCGACGCGGCCUGUGCUCAUAGCAUCGACGAUACGAAGAAGGCCCAGGAGGUCGUCAAGGGUGAGAGAGCGGGCAUCGACGAAGAUAAUGAAGAAGCUACUACCACCACCAGUCAUCACCGUCCCCGUCGCGGCGAGAUCAAGAGCACAGAUCCUAUCGCCGAUUCCAACGCACUCACUACCUCGGGCCUACUCGCCGCACUGGACGCCCUCACUGAGUCUGAAGGCCGUCUCAUCUUUGCCACAACGCAACAUCUCGAGAAGCUCGACCCUGAUCUUUGCCGCCCCGGUCGCAUGGACGUCUGGAUUGAGUUCAAGAACGCGUCAAAGUGGCAAGCCAAGUGCCUCUUUCAGAACUUCUUCCCUGUGACCGACGGCGAGGGCGAAGUAGAAAAAGUCUCUGUCAUGAUGCCGUCGCGUCCUUCAGACUCGAAAUCGGGCGGUGCACACAGCAUGCUUGACACCGCCUUCUCCGAGGCCACUACUAGUGUCUCUUUCGCGACAACCCCAUCGACCCCAAUGCCCUCAACUUCGCCCCGCAGAUCGCCCACACAGACACCGAAGAAGAGUCUCAACGGAAAACGCCGUGUCGCAACCGUGGAGGAAAUGCAAGAGUAUAUCGUAGCGUGCGCAAUGGCCCGCAAUCCUCUGACCGCGGCUCAGCUCGAGCGCCUUGCCUGUCAAUUCGCGGAGAACAUACCGAAUGACGAAUUCAGUAUCGCGGAGCUGCAAGAGUAUCUCCUGAAGAACAAGGACGGGCCUGGGGCCGCGGUACAUGGUGCGGCUGCAUGGGUAUCGGUUGAGCGUGAUCUGCGCAAGAAAACUCGUGAGGAGCGCGAGGAGCACAGAGUCCAUAUGGAGCGCGACCAGAAGGACCUCGAGUCUGCUCAGCUCAAAGCUGUCACAGAAGCCGCCGCCGCGGCUGUCAAGGACGCUUCUUCGUUUGUCUCUGCGAGCCCUAUCGCCGAUCUUCCGGCAUACAUCGAAGCGGCUAAGGCGUCCGCGACGUGGGUUCAGAUGAGCCAGUUCAAGCCCAUCAAGACCACCAGGGCCGCCGACUUGACUGGCUGA